AUGUCGAGCUCCCAAGGUCCCAAGAGCCCCAAGGACCCCGAGAGUCACGGGAGUAAAGCAGCUUCUCCUGAAUCGAACCCGGCACCACCCGCGAUUGUGGCGCUCAGUGCCGAGGAAAUAAGGGAAGCUGGUAUCCUACCAGGCGCCCACUGGACAGAGCAGCCGAUUGAGCAAGUAGACGACGACGGUGCCUCGACUAUUGGAUCCAUUGCCUCCACCACAGCCUCCCUCACUUCGAGUAUUUUCGAGUACCGGACCGUCCACGGGAGAACCUACCAUGGCGAGAUUGGUAAUGCGGAAUCAUGGGAGCCUAACGACCAACGUCACGUUGAUUCUAUGGACAUCUUGCACCACACUUUCAUGCUUUCCCUCGGGGACAAACUUUUCCUCUCGCCGCUCGAGAAGAACAAGAUCCACAAGGUGCUUGACGUUGGCACAGGUACCGGUCUUUGGGCAAUUGACUUUGCCGAUGAUUUCCCCAACGCCGAAGUGAUCGGAACCGACGUGUCUCCUAUCCAGCCUUCUUGGGUUCCUCCCAACGUCAAGUUCGAAUUGGAUGAUUGCAACCGAGAAUGGACUUGGAACGAUGACUCCUUCGAUUUCAUUCAUCUUCGUUUGUUAAAUGGCGUUGUGUCCGAUUGGUUUAGUCUCUUCCGCAAUACUUUCCGCUGUGCUAGGCCCGGUGGAUAUGUUGAGAGUCUGACUACUAGUGCCUAUGUUCGUAGUGAUGAUGGGUCAGUUAAGAAGGGGAGCGCCUUGGAGCAGUGGCAUGGUAUAUUUUGGGAGGGCGGUAAAAAAUUGGGAAGAACCUUUAAAGUAUUGGAGGAUGAUCUUCAGAAGAAGGCCAUGGAGGAAGCGGGGUUUGUUGAUAUUACAGUCAAGGAUCUCAAGAUUCCCUUGGGCGCCUGGCCAGAGGACAAAAAGUUGGCCGAAAUUGGCCUUUGGUGGAAGAUGGCAGUGGAAUCAGACAUCGAGGGAUACCUCAACUACCUCUGUAACGCUUUGUUGGGUUGGACUACAGAGGAGACUCUGGCAUAUUGUGCCCAUUUUAAGAAAGAGUUGGCUGAUCCUAACAUUCACGGCUAUUUUGUGAUGCGUGUGGUCUAUGGUCGGAAGCCGUAG